AUGGACCCAAAUCCAACUGGAAAAAUUCCUAAUGUAGUCAAUGAAGCGACAUCUGAGCCAACACCUUCAUCAGAUGCAGAAAAGAUACGUUUAAAAAGAUUAGCAAAAUUACAACAACAAUUCAACAGUGAAUCUUCAUCUUCAUCUGCCAGUAAUAACGCAGCAUCGAGUGCUAUAGUUUUUCCUAAAUCAAAUGCUGAACAAAAAAACGUAUCUGCAACUACACAAAUAACAGCACCAAAACCAACCACUAUUACCAAUACUACUAAUGUACCACCAUCAUCAUCAAAGAUUAAUAUAACUCGGGAAACUACGAUACCGGCAACGUACUUGCAAAAAACUCAACAACCAGUUAGAUCUUUUGAAGAUUGGCAAAAUGAUGCCAUCUCCAAAGUACUGCAAAUCACCCUUGAUAAAUCGGUAGCCGAAAAAAAUCCAAGUCAAAUAAUCUAUCUUAAUUCUCUCGUGAAAGAAUUAAAGAAGGAAAACCCUGAAGUAACCUCUUUCAAACUUAAUAGAUCUAAUCUUGAAAAUGCACUAUAUACUCGACUAUCUAUUGAUCCUAACGAGAUGACUGACGAUGAUGAAACUUUAGUUGCGAUUUCAAAUCUGAGUGAUAAAUCUUCGUUCGAUUAUCUUUUAGAUUGUUGGAAGAGAACUUCUGAAAUCAAAAGAAGUAUAAUGAAUCGUUCUUCAAAGAAUUUAGAACAAUCUGUUGUCAAUGAACGAAUAAAAUUUAUAGAUGAUGUUAAAGAUUUAAUUGUAAAUUAUGCUGUUUUAGCUAUUACAUAUCCGGAAACAUUUUCAUCGACAGAUUUCGAAUCCAAUGAAGGAAUGCCACGGGAAUUUGUUCAAGAGUUCGCAUUAAAAGUUGAAAACGACAAUUUUGUAGAAGUAUUUGCACCAACUCUGAUAGCUAUUUCAGCACAAAUGCGUAUAAAAGAUCUACUAAAUGACUAUUUGCCUCUUUUGAACGUAUUUGCUAACUUAACGGAUAUUAAACCUAUAGCUGCAAGACUCUUCUUGUUGCCAAGUUGGAACCCACAUUACUCAACACCUAGAUCCUUUGAAUUAGAAUCACUUCUAGGUCCAUUUUGUCGUAUAUCUGUUUUUCCGAUGGAUAAGCCUAAAAUUGCAGAAAAUUAUUUUGGUAAUCUUGAGCGUGUUCGUCAGUCAGAUAUUGAUUAUGGGAUAGAAAAUUUGAGAAUUGCCAUGCAAAACAUACAGAAAAUAAUUUUCAGAGUAUUUAAUAAUGUCAUUCGUUCUGAUGCAUCAGCACGUGAAGCUGCUCUGGAGUAUUUUGGCAAAGCUAUUAAAUUGAAUGAAAAAAGGGCGCAAAUGCAGGUUGAUCCAUUACAAGUGGGAACUGAUGGAUUUUUGGUUAAUUUAACUAAUGUUUUAUUAGAUUUUGCAGAUCCUUUUAUGGAUGCUCAAUAUUCAAAGAUCGACCGUAUUGACAUUGAUUAUUUUCGUAAAUCCAAACGAAUUGAUAUCAGUCAAGCGACUAAAAUCAAUGCAAAUCAACAAGAUUCUGAAUCAUAUUAUUCUUCUUCACUUGAAAAUACUAAUGCGCCAAAUUUUAUUUCGGAAAUAUUCUUUUUAACGAUAGCAAUACAUCAUUAUGGACCUUUGCAUUGUUUUGAAAAAUAUAACAAUUUAAUUAGAGAUCUUUCAGAACUUCAAAAACAAUAUGAUAGAAUGAAAGCCGAGCAAGCUAACUGGAUUGGUGUAAGCCUUCUUGAUUAUUCUGCCUUAUUAAACGAAGGACUUUUGAAACGUUGCAAAGAACAACUUGAGGAAUGGGCUUCUCAUAAAUUUGUUUAUGAUUCACAAUUAUUGAAUUCUUUUGCCUUAUCACAUUCUUUCCAAUUUUAUAAUUUGGUAAUGAAUUGGGUAUUAAGGAUUGUGGAUCCCGAAAAAAAGCAUCCACAAAAACAAAUACAGCUGCCAUUACCACCAAAUCCACCAGAAAAAUUCACAAUGUUACCUGAAUAUAUUAUUGAGGAUAUAACAGAAUUUUUCCUAUUUGUUUCAAAAUAUAAUACAAGAAUUUUUCUAAGUAACUCAUGUGACGAAAUUUUAAUUUUCAUUAUCACAUUUCUUAAAUCUCCAUCUUACAUAAAGAAUCCAUAUUUAAAGGCUAAGUUUAUAGAUAUUUUAUACUUUUCUACAUUGAGGAGUGAACGAGAAGGUAGUUUUGAAGCUCUGUUAAAUACACAUCCAAUUUCAUUAAAUCAUUUGAUGGCAGCUUUGAUGCAAUUUUAUGUUGAGGUUGAACAAACUGGAGCACACACGCAGUUUUAUGAUAAAUUCAAUAUUCGAUAUAAUAUUUCACAAAUAUUUAAAACGAUAUGGAAAAAUAAUUUACACAAAGAAAAAUUAAAGGAGGAGAGUAGGAAAACAGAAUCAUUUGUUCGAUUUGUUAAUUUAUUAAUGAAUGAUGCAACAUUUUUAUUGGACGAAAGCUUGAAAAAAUUAAUUGAAAUUCAUGAAAUACAAAUUGAAAUGGAUAAUAAGGAACAGUGGGAUAGUCAACCUCAGAAUCGACGUCAAGAACGUGAGGCAUUGCUUAAAUCUUUGGAAAGACAAGCCACAUCAUAUAUGGGACUUGGCAAUGAGACAGUUCAUAUGCUUAAAUAUAUGACAUCAGAAGUGGUUGAACCAUUUCUUACACCAGAAAUAGUUGACAGAUUAGCUGCAAUGUUGGAUUAUAAUAUAGUGUGUUUAGUAGGACCUCGUUGCAUUGAUCUCAAAGUUAAAGAUCCAGAUAAAUACAGAUUCCAACCGAAAAAAUUAUUAUCGAGGAUAUUAACAGUUUUUUUGAAUCUGUGUAAACAUAGCGAAUUUAUAUAUGCUGUAGCUAGAGACGGCAGAAGUUAUAAGAAAGAAAUGUUUUCCAAAGCUGCAGGUAUUAUGAAUAAAUUUGGUAUGAAAUCUGAUGCUGAUAUUAAGAAAUUGGAAAAAUUUGUAAACGAAGUUGAGGAGGUUAUCAGGGAAGAAGCUGCUGAUGAAAAGGAAUUGGGUGAUAUUCCAGAUGAAUUUAUGGAUCCGAUUAUGUGUCAAAUUAUGAAAGAUCCCGUGACUUUACCAGAAUCAAAGCAAAUAGUUGACAGAAGUACCAUUACGACUCAUCUUUUAAGCGAUCCAACUGACCCAUUUAAUCGCAGGCCAUUGAAAAUUGAACAAGUUAUACCAAAUACAGAAUUAAAGGAAAGGAUUAACGCCUUUAUAAAUGAAAGCAAAAGGCAAAAAAAAUAA